CUUCUAGAGAAGCUUUUGAUGGGCGAGACGCAGAUGUAAACACGCUUUCUAUUGAUUCAGAGGCAACACAGCUUCUACAGCAUAGUCAUCCAUCUAACACGCCCCUUUUUGGUUCAAGCAUCUCAUAUAUCCACUCAUUUAAUUGAGCUCUCAUAAUUCGAGCUCUCCAUCCCUUGUUAUUAAACUGAACCGAAUCGUACUUCCCAAUAAUUCCAAAAUGGAAGAAGAAACUGACGAAGAAUCGCCAGCGAAAAUCGCACGUUCUCGAUCCUGUGAGCCGCCAGGCUCGAGUUCUCGUAGUCGAGAAUCUCGUGGAUCCUUAUGGAUGUCUAUGGGUGUUCAUGUCGAAAAUUCCAGAAGACGUCGGAUGUCGAAGGCGCGUCGCGAAUCGCAGAGCAUCGAGCUCUCUUCACUCGCCCCUGGAACCCGAGUAAUGUUUCUUCUAAAGGAAAAGGAGAAUACGCCUGCUUUGUUCACAGAAAUGGGAGAAUUGAAUAACGAAGAAUGGCGAGAAACUGCGAGAUGGGUAAAGUUCGAAGAAGAUGUCGAACAGGGUGGUAACAGAUGGUCGAAGCCUCACGUGGCAACCCUCUCCCUUCAUUCAUUAUUCCAGUUAAGAAGUUGCAUUAUGAAUGGACAUUUUAUGAAUGAUUUGGCUGAAACUGAUAUUCCAUCGAUUUUUAACGCUGUAAUCGAAAACCUAGAGAAAAGUGGAGAUUUACCAAGUGAAAAUCGAGAGGAACUUCGUGAAAUUCUUCUUCGAAAGCACGUACAUCAGUACGAACAAGCAAAAAAGAAUGGAGCCGGUGGAGAGAAGGGUGGAUUUCUUAGUACUGUACGGUCAAUAUCUGAUAUUGGAAAAUCGUUUUCACACGGAAAGAAUUUGUCGAAAAUCGAAGAAAAGCCGGAAGGUCCUGUGACGUCACAGACUGCUGGAGCACCAUCUGGAUCGUCGAAUCAACUUACUCUUCCGACGGUAGAAUCAGUUCCAAAGGACAUUUCGAGUGAAGAAUCUUCAAAAGGAAAUUUACAUUUUCUAAAGAAACUACCAGCCGGUGUAGAGGCCAGCAACGUAUUAAUCGGAGAAGUCGAUUUCCUGACCCGUCAUAUAUGUUGCUUUAUACGUCUGAAGAAUGCCAAUCAAUUAGGAGAUCUUACAGAAGUUCCAGUUCCAACAAGAUUCAUUUUCCUUCUUCUCGGUCCUACAGGUCACGGUCAACAGUACAGAGAAAUCGGAAGAGCCAUUGCAACUUUGAUGGCUGAUGAGAUCUUCCAUGAUGUUGCGUAUGGAGCCCGUGAUGUGGAUGAUUUAUUAGAUGGAAUUGAUGAGUUUUUGGAUCAAGUAACAGUACUUCCACCCGGUGAAUGGGAUCCAAAUAUUCGUAUAGAGCCACCAAGUAAACUUCCAUCACAGGAAAAAAGAAAACAGAUUGGACAAGAACUUCUAGUGGAACCAUCGUCUCAUAAGCACGUGAAGAAAGUGGUAGAAGAAGAAGAAAUCCAUUCACAUGGCGAUGAUCCAGCACUUAAAAGAACAGGAAAACUAUUCGGUGGCCUAAUUUUGGAUAUCAAGAGAAAAGCACCACACUUUGUAUCUGACUUCACUGAUGCAUUCAAUCUUCAAUGUCUUGCUUCAAUUUGUUUCAUGUAUUUCGGACUAUUGGCCCCAAUUGUCACAUUCGGAGGUCUUCUCGAAGAAGCAACACAUCAAAGAAUGGCAGCUAUGGAAAAUUUAUUUGGUGGAGCACUUUGUGGUGUUAUCUAUCAUUUCUUCGCUGGACAACCCCUCACUAUAGUUGGUUCAACUGGUCCUGUUUUGGUAUUCGAGACAAUCGUUUUCGAUUUCUGUCAUCGUUUUGGAAUUGUUUAUCUGAGUUUCCGAUUCUGGGUUCAUGUCUGGACUGCAGUGAUCAUAUUCCUUAUGGUUGUCACUGAUGCAUCUGCAUUGGUUUCAUUUAUCACUCGGUUCACGGAAGAGUCAUUUGCCACGUUGAUUGCAGUCAUCUUUAUUUAUGAAGCAAUCAUGAAGUUGGUUAAGAUUAAGGGACAAUUGGAUAUGAUUAACUAUUCUCGUGACUUUGUUGAGGGAGGAUUCUGUUCUUGUGUUCCUCCAAUUGGAAAACCAAGCGUCUCUCCUGAUCAUGCUCGCCUUGUCAUCAAAUCUACAGGACUACCAAUCGCUUUCAAUGACACUUUCAUCGAUUAUACAGCUGCCAAUCUAACCGACUGCCGUACAAUUGGAGGAUCAUUUGAUGGAACUACAUGUUUCCCACUUUAUGAUAAACUUCUUAUGUCGAUUCUUCUUACCGUUGGAACAUUCUUCUUGGCUACAACACUCAAGAAAAUGCGAAAUUCGUGUUAUUUCCCAUCAAGUGUUCGACAACUUCUUUCCGAUUUCGCAGUUAUGAUUGCCAUCGCUUCGAUGACUUUUGUGGAUAUUUUCGUUGGAGUUAACACACCAAAACUAAACGUUCCAAGUACUUUCAGACCAACAUGGGAAGGCCGUGGUUGGUUUAUUCCUCCAUUCGAUGCAAAUGAAUGGUGGACUGCCCCACUUGCAAUUCUUCCAGCUCUUCUUGCAUGUAUCCUCAUAUUCAUGGAUCAACAAAUUACGACUGUAAUCGUGAAUCGAAAAGAGAAUAAAUUGAAAAAAGGAUGUGGAUAUCAUCUUGAUCUACUCGUUCUUUCUGUUUCAAUUCUAAUGGUUGGAUUCCUUGGACUUCCCAUCUAUGUCGCUGCCACUGUUCUUUCAAUCAAUCAUAUUAAUUCACUUAAAGUCGAAUCAGAAUGUAAAGCACCGGGAGAAGUUGCUCAAUUCGUCGGAGUUCGUGAACAACGUGUCACUGGAAUUGUCACUUUCCUGAUUAUUGGACUAUCCGUCCUCGCAACCAAUAUUCUCGGACGUAUUCCAAUGCCAGUACUCUAUGGAGUAUUCCUUUACAUGGGUAUCUCGGCACUUGGCGGAAUUCAAUUAUUCGAUCGAACUCUUCUUCUGUUUAUGCCAAUGAAAUAUCAACCAGAUACAAUUUAUAUUCGUCAUGUUCCAAUCAGAAAGAUUCAUUUGUUCACUGCCUUCCAAAUUGGAUGUCUUGCUCUUCUUUGGGUCAUCAAAUCAAUUAAAUCAACAUCCAUAUUGUUCCCAAUUAUGCUUGUCGUCAUGGUUGCAAUCCGUAAAAUGAUGGAGAAAGCGUUCACAACUACGGAUCUUAAAUAUUUGGACGAUCCGAUGCCAGAUUUCCAUCUCAGAAAGAAGGAAGAUGCUAAGAGACGUCAGAGUGAGGGAGAAGCCGUCGAAAUCGAGUUUGACAAUGAGAAUCAGGCCACGAUCCACGCCGUGAAAACCGAAGCUCAUUUGCAUAUUCCAAUGGCAUCAGGAAAUGUGAUUAAGAUUCCAUUGGCAGCAAUUCAAGAACCAUCACAUUCGAUUAAUUUGACAAAGGAAGUGAAUAAUAGUGGAAUGUGGAAACAUAUUACAUCAGUUGAUUCAAAGAAUUCUCUUGUUCGUGAUGUUCCAGCUUCAUCGGAUCCAACUUCAAGUAGAGAUGCUCCAAUUGAGCAACCAGAGGAUGAUGAUGAUCCGAUUAUGAUUAAGGUAAUUCGUCCGUCUCCACACACUUCGACAUCGAAUUUAACAACUGAAAAUACUCCACUUUUGAAGGAUGAGGAACCACCAAAAACUAAUCCAGAUGAACCAAAAGUCUAAUUUUUCUAAUUUGAAAGCCUUCCCCACUUCCUCUUAUCGUGGUCCAGCCCAUCACAGAUCUUUCUCAAUUUUUCCUUACAGUCCACCGUCAUAAUUCCGUUUGUUAUCCCCCGUAAGAGAAUCGUGUUCCACAAAAUUUGCUUUCUUUUUUUUUUGAUCUUUCUUCUUCCAAAAUGUUAACCUUUUAGACAAUUAAAAUUCACACAUGAAAUUUCCUAAACACUUAUCCACUAAUAGUUACCCUUCAUAAGGGCGGUUUUUUAUUCAGUUUCUUUUCUAAUCGAUGUUUAUUUUCUUUCCUGUAUCGUUUUUUUUCACUGUCUUCUUUUCUUAUAUUUCUUUCACAAAUGAACUUUUAUAUAUUUCCAAAUAAUCCA